AUGCCGGCUUUGGCAAACGAUACGUUCGAUUUGCCUCUGGCAAAGAGGCAAAAGACGGUUCUCGAAGAAAAAUCUCGUGGAUCGUCCCGUGGAGGCUCCAAAAUCUUUGCGCCAUUCCGGACACUAGGACUUGUGUCACCAACUUCCGUCCCCUUCACAUACGUGCGCCUAGGCAAAUCCACGUUCCAAAUUACCACUUCGGUGGGCCAUUCCCUGCAGACCUACGACGUGCGCAAAGGUUUGAACCUCAUCUUCUUGACUCGACCGCAAACCCCGGAAUCUAUCACAGCUACCUAUGCCUGGCAAGACAAGGUCUUCGCAGCCUGGGGCCACCUCCGACCUCGGUCCCCCGGUGGCAUCUGGGUUUUCAAGCGUGGAAAGCGCGUGGCAUCUCUGGAUAGCCCUGGACUCGACGCGCCCAUUGAGCGACUCGCAGUUUUCGGUUCGUGGGUGGUAGGCUGCUGGUCAGGUGGUCUGGAAGUCUGGAAGACCGGCAGCUACGAGCACUAUGCUAGUCUGCGUCCCCGGACAGGGCCCGGCGCAUCAGGAGAUCGGGUCUACUCUGGUAUUAUGUGCAACAUGCCCACUUAUCUCAACAAGGUCUUCGUCGGCCGGAACGAUGGCGCAGUCGAUAUUUGGAACCUGCGCAGCGGAAAGCUCCUUCAUACUCUCCAGCCACCGUCCGCCUCAUCGCAGACGGGACCCGUGACAGCACUGCAGCCCACCCCGGCCCUGUCUCUUCUCGCAAUUGCCCACAAGGAUGGCUCUCUGGCCAUCCAGAAUGUUGAUUCUGGCGAAUUGGUCUUGUCGUUGAGGACUCCUGCCGCUCGAGCUGCUCCAGUCACUUCGAUCUCGUUCCGUAGUGAUGGGCUUGGCGCGGGCCACGAUGGCCGCAUGGCCGGCGUGAUGGCCACGGCCGCUAGUGGCACUGGGGAUAUCACCAUGUGGGAUUUGAACAAUGGUGGUCGCGUGGCGGGUAUCCUUCGAGGUGCCCACCGAGUAUCCAGCGCCGAGGCGGCAAUGGGUGUGAAUCGAGUCGAAUUCUUGGACGGCCAACCCGUUCUGGUCUCAUCCGGUGAUGACAACGCGUUGAAGACAUGGAUUUUCGAUGAAACCCCAUUCUCGCCCAUUCCUCGGCCAUUGCAUUCCCGGGCUGGUCAUUCAGCUGCCGUCAAUACCGUGGACUUCCUCCCAGCAUCUUCGGAUGGCUCCGACUCCGGCGGGAAAUGGCUUCUCAGUGCCAGCAAAGAUUGUAGCAUGUGGGGACUCAGCCUUCGCAAAGACAGUCAGAAUGCAGAACUCUCCCAGGGCAAUGUGGAGCGCAGGGCUAAGAAAAUGGGCCCAUCAGACCAGUCCAAUGCGACCUCGGCCGAGGUGCUCAAGGCGCCUGAGAUCACCUGCAUCGCCAGCUCGCUUAACCGCGAUGGUGGGAUGGGUGUCACUACCGCAGGCCCGGUUUGGUCCAACACCAAAUUUGGCAGCACUGAUGUCUCCAAUGCCACCGGCUGGGAGAGCGUCGUCACCGGUCAUCGGGGCGACAAACAUGCUCGCACCUGGUUCUGGGGCAAGAAGAAGGCCGGACGCUGGGCGUUUGCGACUAGCGAUGGAACGGAAGUCAAGAGCGUCGCAAUGUCCCAAUGUGGCACAUUUGCAAUCAUCGGAUCGGCCGGUGGUGCUAUCGACAUGUUCAAUAUGCAGUCCGGCCUUCAUCGCCAAAGUUUCCCUCCUCGCUUGCCCAAGUCCCGGAAUCCCAAGAUUCAACCCGUAGACCAUUCGGCCUCGAAGCAUACCAAGGCUGUGACGGGUCUCAUGGUUGAUAACUUGAACCGGACAGUGAUCAGUUGUGGCCUGGACGGCAAAGUCAAGUUCUGGGAUCUUCUUAAGGGCACCUUGAUCGACCAGCUAGACUGGCACCCCAUGGCGGCCAUCACGGGGCUCCGUUAUAGCAAGACCAGCGAGUUGGUCGCAUUCAGCUGUGAUGAUCUCUCCAUCCGCGUGGUCGAUCUCGAGACCCGAAAGCUUGUUCGUGAGUUCUGGGGUUGUGUCGGUCAGGUCAAUGAUUUCAUCUUCUCCAAUGAUGGACGAUGGAUCGUGGCCGCCUCGAUGGAUUCCGUGAUCCGGGUGUGGGAUCUGCCCACGGGGCAUCUCAUUGAUAUUUUCCGAGUGUCGAGUACCUGUGUCUCGCUGGCGAUGUCCUCGACUGGUGAGUUCCUUGCCACGGCCCAUGCCGGCAGCAUUGGAAUCAGCCUCUGGAGCAAUCGCAGUCUAUUCAUGCCUAUCUCUACCAAGAACUUGGAUGAGGACGUCAUUGAGGAUGUUGGCGUGCCUACUUCAUCUGGUGAAAGCGGUGCAGGACUUGUCGAAGCCGCCUUCGUGGAUGCACCGGAAGUGGACGAGACCGAUGGACCGGUGCUGGCCACCGACCAGCUCCAGAAAGACAUGGUCACUUUGAGUUUGGUUCCCAAGAGCAGAUGGCAGGCACUGCUUCACCUAGACUCUAUUCGGGAACGCAAUCGUCCGAAGGAGGCACCCAAGGCCCCCGAGAAGGCGCCAUUCUUCCUUCCCUCCCUUCUUGGCUCUGGUAACUCGCAGUCUGCUAGCGAAACCGCCGCGGCCGAUGCGGCAGAGUUGGAAGCUCUCACCCAAAACGCCGCCGCCGAAAGAUCCCGAAUCUCCAAAAUGCAGUCUGGUGCCCUGGGCUCCUCAGAGACCCCUAUUUCGCGAUUGCUGGAAUCUGGCCAUCUUUACGGUACAUACGACCCGCUCAUCGAGCAUCUCAAGUCUCUGUCACCCGCCCGGGCUGAUCUGGACAUCCGUUCUCUGGAUCCUCGAGUACGCAACGGCUUCUCGGAGCUGGCGACCUUUGUCCAGGCUCUUACCGCACGCCUCAAGCUGCGAAGAGAUUUCGAAUUGGUCAAUGCUUGGAUGGCAGUGCUCUUGAAGAUCCAUGCCGACACCGUGGGACUCUGCUCCCACCGAGAUGAACCUGAAUACCGACUCCUGCGCGAGGCUCUGACCUCCUGGGCUCGCGAGCAACAACAAGAGGGUGAUCGUUUGGCUGGUCUUGUUGGAUACUGCCGUGGUGUCGCAGGAUUCCUCCGGUCUGCCCGUUAA